UGUUUCCCUCACCCUCCCGUUUAUGGUAUCAUCUAGGCCGCAGGACCCUGUCCUGCGGAGGCCUGGGUAGUGAAGAGUGUGUGGGCAAUAAAAAGGGAAAGGACCAAAAUGGAAAAGGAAGGAUAAAGGUGAACCACUGUAGGGGUUUCAAGCUUCCGGGAUUUCGUCUCUGGGCACGCCAGCUGCAAUAACUUGUCAUGCCUACCUACUUACUUACCUACUAGGGAAUGGGUUGGUGAAGGCGUGAGCGAGAGGGCGCAAAAUAUAUAUAUCCAUCCCCCCAAAUUUCCUCAAAUCGCCAUCCUCUUUGUUCGGAUCAUCACGAGUAGAGUUCCCCCCUCGACGGUACCUCUGCUACUCGAUCUUCCACGCUUGGGGCCAUUGUGCACCUGUCCUUUCGCUGCUCCUUUAUUGCUUUAAUUACUCGACUUAGUCCGCCCUUCUCCCCGUUAACUCUUAAUUUUUGGUCUAAUCAAUUGAGCGCUUUUCUUCUAAAAGCAAUAAUGCGUUAUUCCACGACUCUCGGUGUGCUGGGUGGCAUCUCUGCCCUCAGCAGCUUCACUGUCGCCCACCCGUUCUUCCCCUCAAUCUUGUCCAAGCGGGAUUCCCCGGAUAAUACCUGUGGAAAUUUGUUCGCUGGAGCCGGUAAUAAUUAUACCUGCGGCUCUACGAAUCUUGGGACGUGCUGCUCGCAAUAUGGGUUUUGUGGCGCUACCUCCGAUUACUGCGGUACCGGGUGCCAGGCAGAGUUUGGGGUGAGUGUUUUUUUGUUUUUUUUGCGUGGAUGUUGGUGGAGUUGGUUUCUUUUUUUCUGAAAAGCGACUGCGGGGGGACCCUGGGACGAAUUGGCUGCCUAGCCGAAUUGAAUGAAUGAAUGACUAACUUUGGGUGUUGCUUUUAGAAUUGCACCAGUUCUGGCGGUGGUGGUAACCCGCCAACCGACCCGAAUCUAUGCGGUCCUACGAACGGGAAUAAUAGUUGCAUAACGGGAUCUUGCUGCUCAGCUCAUGGUUUCUGCGGGACUACAUCUGUAGGAUCAUACCCUCGCUCUUUGCACUACCCAAGGUCACGCAAAGCUGACAGUCGCUCAACAAUAACAGGAUUACUGCCUUCCAGCGAACGGCUGCCAACCAGCAUACGGAGUAACCUCCCCCUUCCCCCUGCCGAAAAGAAAGCCAAAGUCCUAACAUUACCCCCCUCAAGACCUGCAACUCAACCAGCACCCCGGGCGAUGGCGGCGGCGACGAUAGCUGCGGUCCAGCAAACGGGAACAAAAUCUGCUCAAACAGCAGAUGCUGUAGUCCAGCAGGCUUCUGUGGGACCGGAAGUGACUACUGCAAGUCCCCGGACUGCCUCAGAGGCUUCGGGGUCUGCGAUAGCGACCAGACCCCCUCAGGCGCUUCUACCGCGAAUGUAUCCCGACCGGAACUCGGUAGCGUGCCAUACGGCGAGGACCUCUACGACUGCAACGACCCUGGCCAUAUUGCGCUGACAUACGACGAUGGUCCGUAUCUGUACACUAGUGCUCUACUAGACAUGCUCGCGGCCUACAAUUUCAAGGCCACCUUCUUCGUCACGGGGGUCAAUAAUGGAAAGGGUGCUAUCGAUUCCACGCCUGCUUGGUCAGCCGUGAUACAGAGGAUGAUCACGGAUGGGCACCAGAUUGCGUCGCAUACUUGGAGUCAUGCGGAUUUGUCCACGCUCUCUGAUGCUGACCGGGAGACGGAGAUGGUCAAGAAUGAGAUGGCUCUUCGGAAUAUUGUCGGGAAGUUUCCGACUUACAUGAGGUAAUGGCCCCCACCCCCCCCUCCGAUCGACACAGCCGUACUGACUGGUGUGGUCAAGACCACCAUUCUCAUCCUGCAACGCUGCUUGUAAGGCUACCAUGAAGAAGCUUGGCUACCACAUUACCUACUUCGACCUUGACACCCAGGAUUACUUGCACACUACCCCCCAGACGAACCAGAUCUCCAAAGACGUGGUGCAUAAUUACCUCGUUGGCACGAAUAGUGCCACCACGGACUUCUUGGCCAUUGCUCAUGAUAUUCACGACCAGACGGUGAAUAAUCUUACCACUUACAUGUUCGACCAGAUGGUUCAGUAUGGCUAUACUGGUGCGUUGUUGUCCCUACCCCGGUGCGUUUGAAUAGGAGGGAGAAGCAGGGUGCUAACCAUUAGCGAACAGGUGUCACGGCAGGAAAGUGCUUGAAUGAUCCUGAGGCCAACUGGUAUAGAAUACCCGGAGCGACGAGUAAGUAAACAUCUCAAUUUUGUCCGAUUACAGCAAGGAGUUACGUAAAGAGUGCGAGGUUUUUGUUUUUUUUGUAAAUCCAUAAUCCUAAUUGUAAAUGAAUAUAAUAUCUCUUGCGAUGCGAGUCAAUACCGAUUCUUAUUAUUAUUAUUAUUAUUUCACAGUAUCUUCAACGAGCUCCUCGUCUAGCUCGACGUCCACUACUAGCAGCAGCAGCACCUCAACCACUAGCUCUUCGGCAACAACCACCACUACCUCAACCACCAGCUCUUCAAGCAGCUCCACCACCUCAACCACCAGCUCUUCAAGCAGCUCCACCACCCCAACUUCCACCACCUCAACCUCCACCACCUCAAUUUCCACCAUCACUACCCCAACCACCACAACCUCAAUUCCAACCCCAGCCCCAACCUGCGCUUACCCAAUGAUAGGCAAGUGGUGCUGCAAGACCUUCACCUUCAAAACCAAGGUGGCGUGCAUAACAGCCCGUGUGGAGUGUCUCACCUCCCGCGCCGAAUGCAUAAUCAAGUCAGCCCUGAGCCUGUCAACGGCGAACCAGCAGUGCGGAGGAUGGCAAGAUAACGUCUGCAAGAAGUUGGACGAUUUCUGCGAUUCCUGCACCCUCUUGAAGCCGUGUGAUAGCGCCAAUUUCAAGAUCUGAACGUAACGCCCCCCCCCCACCCCCCUUUGAGAAAUCGGAGGGAGGGAGAGAUGGCGUGAUAAUUUACCCCUUUUCAUGUAACUGUACCUUAAUGUUUGCUACUUUUUUUUCUUCUUUUUUCCUUUUCCUUUGUAUCAUACGGGGGAAAAAAAAAAAGGGAAUUCUGUACUGUACGAAUAACGCGGGGGUGGAUAUAAAAAAGCGUCCGAGCGUAUGCUCUCUUUUCUCUCUCUUAUAUACCGGUAUCAUACCGUACCUCUUCGGGAUAGCAAAAACCGGGGGUACCGUAUUGUCAAUGAAAAAGUUAUGAUCGCAUUCCAAAAGUGAGAUCAUAAUCCGAUGAAUUG